CUGGGAUCAUCCUUGCAAUAUUUCUGUUGCACGAGCUGAACCUGGUAAGUGUACCUCGGAUAGUCCGCUUCGUGUAUCACAGAGUUUCGACCGGUGUUCACCGAUUGUUGGAUGUGACUGGCGAUGGCAAAUUCGACUACGAGGAUGUGGAGUUGAUCGCAAGGAAAAUAGUAGACGCCGUAUCACCGAGUCGGAGACAAACGGAGACGAGUCAAAGUCGGAAAGGACAAAAGCAGGGUGAUGAAAAGGGUCAAAAAGCAUUAUGGUCGAGUGAUGAUCAUGGUGGUGACUGGUGGGUAGUGUGAAUAUGUUUUUGUUGUUGGAUGAGUAGGCACUUGCCGGGGUCGGACCGAUUUUUAUUGAGCUACUGAAGAUAGCUUGUUCCUCCCGAUCGAGAUUGUACAUUAGCUUGUCCCGGUCCGACCCCCCUAGACUCUUCCUCCCGCUCUAAUGUUCUCUUCCGCCAGAACGGAAGACGACCUGCAAAACAAGAACAACGCCGUUUCUACUGCUCGGGAUACAACUACUUCUACGAGUUGUAGGGUAAACAGUAAAAGCAAAGCUCCUGUUGAUGUCAUCCCUGUGGACGAUUUCACAGGUGGUUCGAGUUCAACCGACACCGGCAAUUCCUCAUCCUCCGAGUAUCCGGCAGAAACGUCCUCCUCCUCUUCAGGAAGUAGUGACGAAGCGACUAGUGGACCUGCUCCAGCGAUGAGACGCACACCGAAGAGCAGGGUCCUAUCACCAACAUCAACACCGAAGAAGCGCAUGCUAUUCGGAACUAUGUUCGCCAACUCAUCUGCUGCGAAUAUAGUAAGAAGGAAUGAGGACGAUGAGAAAAAGAAUACAAGAAGUUAAGUGUCAGUUUUGCAGACGGAGCUUUACAGCUGGGUAACAAGUUUUGUUGACAGCAUGAUGUUGUCAAGAAUUUUGUUGAUGUCAUCAUACAUCACGAGAAGCUGAGUAUACUUUCUUGGAAAUACGUUGUGGUCACAGGAGCACCCUCGCUCCUACUUUGUUGCGAAACUAAAUUUUGAAAAUGCUGCCUUGGCUUCUCUUGAAAGAAAC